UCGAGUUAAAUAUAAAUACCCGAAGUCCUGUUCGAGUCAAUUGGUCGGUCAGUCGAAGUAGACGAAGCGCGGAGCGGGGAGAGAGAGAAAGCAAGUCGGCGGCCUUUGGAGCUCUGAACUCUGAGUUGGGCUUGUUCAUCGUUAUCGCUCACCUAUGGCUGGACCAUCAUGGUUGGUGGACAAAAAUAGAAUUGCCACAAAAAUCAAGAGUGCAUCUGGAACCAGUGAUCCUGAAAGAAUUAAAUGGCAAAGCAACCCAACUAGAGCUUGUCCAAAUUGCCAAUAUACAAUUGACAAUAGUGAUGUUGCUCAAGAGUGGCCGGGUUUACCCAAGGGUGUAAAAUUUGAUCCAACUGAUCAAGAGAUUAUAUGGCACUUAAUUGCAAAAUCUGGUGCAGAGGAGUUAAAACCCCAUCCUUUUAUUGAUGAGUUUAUCAUAACUGUUGAUGAUGAUGAAGGAAUUUGUUGUUCCCAUCCUCACAAACUACCAAGUGUUAAGCAAGAUGGAAAUGCAUCCCACUUCUUUCACAGAGCAAUUAAGGCUUACAAUACUGGAACCCGAAAGCGCCGAAAAAUACAUGAUGGUGAUGGUGAUGUUCGCUGGCACAAGACUGGAAGGACUAAACCAGUGAUGUUGGAUGGGGUUCAAAGAGGAUGUAAGAAGAUUAUGGUUCUCUACAUGAGCACGGUCGGAGGAGGCAAACCUAAGAAAACCAAUUGGGUUAUGCAUCAAUAUCACCUGGGAACUGAGGAGGAUGAGAAGGAUGGAGAGUAUGUUAUAUCCAAAAUAUAUUACCAGCAGCAGCAAGUCAAGCAAGCUGAUAAAACUGAUCAAGAUCUUCCUGAAAGUAUUGAUCUAGUUAUCACAAAAGUAGAUCCAGUCACUCCCAAGUCGGUGACUCCUGAACCUCCGCGCACUGAACGAAAGCUUGCUGAUUUUGAUUUGGGACAAGAUACUCCUGCUACUUCCAGAGAUCCCUUUCCUCAGCAUCCUGAGAUGGACCAUGCUGAAGAUGAAGUUCAUCCUGAGAUGCACCAUGCUGAAGAUGAAGUUCAUCCUGAAUUUGAAAAGCCUGACCAUUAUGAUCAACACAAUGUAGAAAAUGAAGCCGAUGAAGUAAUAAAUAACACUGAAAACAAUGCUCAGGAAGAUCCAAAAUGGUGGGACAGCGAGUCACAGAAUCUUCUGGAUUCGCAACAACUUGUGGAAGGGUUGUCUCUGUGUGAUGAUCUUCUUCAGAGUCAAUCUCCAAUUAGGGCUGGACAUGAAAAUGGUGAACCAGCACAGGUCAAACCCCGUCUUGCUGAUUAUGCUAAGCUAGGACCAGAGAAUUUAAAGAAGGAUCUAGAGGAGUGCCAAAAUAUUGUCCUUGAUCCUGCAAAUAUUAUGUUAGAAGAUACACCUCCAGAUUUCCGACUUAGCCAGCUCGAAUUUGGGUCACAGGAAAGUUUCCUUUCUUGGGGUGUCAAGUUGGCUGACUGAAUAUGGUUUGGGCUUUCUAGUUUUGAGUAUGGUUACAUGGUGGUAAAUAUUUUGUAGCUACAUUUUGAUUUAACUUUGCCUGUCAAAUCAUCUUCAGGUUCUGAGAUCUAACCUUUUGCCAAACAGCUUGAAUCGUGAUAUCUGGUGGGAAAAGACUUUUUUUUUUUGUCAAGGGUGGGAAAAGACUCUUUGUAACUGUAAUUCACCGAUAUUUUGGGUUUGAGCCUUGAUCAAACUUACACUUCUGCCCUCUUUAAGCUUCAAGCUGAAAUGCAGUUGUUUUAUCUGGUUUGUUUUGUAUCUUUGGAUUGGAAA